AUGUCGGACAGAAAGUGGAAACUUCUCUGCUUGGAGAAUCCGCUACUGGAUAUCCAGGGCAAAGGCGACGAGGCAAUGCUCCAGCAGUAUGGGCUGAAACUCGACGACACGCUCCUGGCGGAACCCAACCAGAUGGGCCUGUACGAUGACUUGAUCAAGAACCGCAACGCGAAACUGAUUCCGGGCGGAGCUGCCCAGAACACUGCCCGAGGCGCACAGUACAUGCUCCCGCCCGACUCGGUGUGGUACAUUGGUUGUGUGGGGGACGACGAGUACGCACAGCUGCUGCGCGAGAAAUGCGCCGAGCAAGGCUUACACGUCGAGUACCGUGUCGACCCGAAAGUGCCGACAGGGAAAUGCGGCGUGGUCAUUACCGGCCACCACCGCACCAUGUGCACGCAUCUCGCCGCGGCCAACGAGUACAAACUGGACCAUUUGCUGGAGAAGCGGAUCUGGUCCAUGGUUGAGAAUACCGAUGUCUUCUACGUGGGCGGUUACCAUCUGACUGUCUGCCCCCCGGCCGCCAUGGCCCUGGCCAAACAUGCCGCCGAGACCAAUAAGAUCUUCAUGCUCUCCCUGUCCGCAGGCUUCAUUCCGCAGUUCUUCAAGGACCCCUUGGCCGAGAUCCUGCCAUAUUGCGACUAUGUCUUUGGAAAUGAGAACGAGGCCAAGACGUGGGCCGAGACUCAGGGUCACACCGGCAUUUCCAUGCAAGAAUGCGCAAAACUCAUGGCUAAGCUGCCCAAAGUCAACACCAAGAGACCCAGGGUUGUCAUUGUUACACAAGGCACCGAUCCCACCAUUGUUGCCAUAGCCGAGCAAGGCAAAGAGGUCGAGGUCAAAGAGUACCCUGUCCCCGUAAUCGACAGCUCUGCUAUCAACGACACAAACGGAGCUGGUGACGCAUUCGCCGGCGGCUUCUGUGCCGGCAUCGUCGCAGGCGAACCUCUCGAAACCUGCAUCAAGAAAGGCCAGUGGUUGGCGAAGUUGAGUCUGCAGGAAUUAGGUCCUUCGUAA